UUGUGUUCACCUUCACUUACCCAACGGUCUAAGCGAUACAGUCUCUUAUUCUGAGAUGGGGUUCCACAUUUAAGGUUAGAUGGACACCAACAUAUAAAAUAUUAGGACGAAUUUGGAGGCGCAGAUGCUUAAAUAAAUCUUGCUACGUCACAAAAUCGGACAUCAAGAUUUUUAGCGAGCUGCAGUUGCAAGUUCAACAAUGGGUGGUUGGAAGCUGGAGAUUGCCAAGAUGGCCAUGUACAUGAGCUUUCCUGUGGCUGUCUUUUACUUCUUCAACCAACCACAAUAUUUUGAAGAUUGGGUUGUCCAGAUGAGAAGAGAACUGUAUCCUCCAUUGGAGAAAAUGCAUGGGAAGGAAAUAGAAGAGUGCAUAAGAAAAAUGCACAUGAGGAAGGAAAAAGAACUUCUUAAAGCUUUGGAAGAAGAGGAGAGGGCAUCAAAGUAGUUUACUUUGUGAACAUCACAGUGUGUGUUGUAAAUAGUGACAGUAUUGAGAGAUGUAUGGUUUUUGACUGAAUAAAGUACAGUGUUGUG